AUGGGGGAGAUGCUCAGCUAUGAGGUUACAGCACGAAUAGGGAAAAACAAGAGAAAGAAGGCCUCAGAGGAUGGCCAGAGAGAUGGCUCUUGCACAAAUGAUGAUGAGUCAGUGGACAUAGAAAAUGAGAGUGGAAGUGUGAACAGGUUUGAAGAGUACGAAUGGUGUGGGCAGAAGAGAAUACGAGCUACAACUUUAUUGGAAGGUGGCUUUCGAGGAUCUGGCUUUGUCACCUGCAGCAGUAAAGAGAACCAUGACAGUGAUGCAGAUCUUGACGUGGAUGGCGAUGACACCCUGGAAUAUGGGAAACCACAAUACACAGAGGCAGACAUUAUACCUUGUACAGGAGAAGAACCAGGUGAGGCCAAAGAGAGGGAAGCACUCCGGGGUGCUGUGCUAAAUGGCGGAACCCCAAGCAACAGAAUAACACCAGAGUUUUCCAAAUGGGCUAGUGAUGAAAUGCCUUCAACAAGUAAUGGGGAAAGUGGUAAAUUAGAGGUACAGACACAGAAGACAUGUAAAAACAGCGAGAUUGAAAAGAUAUCUGAAGAUGCAACUGUAACGACAAUUGAAGCAUUGAAAGCCCGUAUCCGUGAAUUGGAACGACAGCUAUCCCGUGGGGAUCGGUAUAAAUGUCUUAUUUGCAUGAUUGUUGAAAGGCACUGGGGAGACAGGAGGACUCCUACUCGAUGCCUCUCACAUCAAUCCAGUGUUGGCAUGUUCAUUGUGAGGAAUGCUGGCUCAGAACACUGGGGGCCAAAAAACUCUGUCCACAGUGCAACACCAUCACAUCCCCUGGAGAUCUCAGACGCGUUUAUUUGUGAAUGAGUGGGAUACAGAAAGAAAAGGCCGUGAUGAUCCUGAGGCCAAGUUAAUCACGAUGCCUCACAACAGAAAGAGGACCAUGAACAAUUGUGGGGUGGCGCCAAAAAAUGUACAAAUAUUCCAUUUUUGAUUUUCUCUUAAGUGUCUGGAAGGAGAGAAGCAGCCCAUCAAAGAGGAGAACUUGAUAAUGCUGUUUGUUGUGUUAAUAAUAAAGGAACCCCCAUCCCCCGUCCGAGUUUUAUCAGAUGAUUGAUGCCCAGAACACACACACACACAUACACACACACACACAUACACACACCUCCGUAAACCUGUUGACUGGAGCUACGUUUACCAGAAGACAUUCUGGGCUGUGCAUUGUGAAUGGACCUGUACUGUGUUCUAUUGUGGUGUUAUAGUGACAAAAAAAAGAUGAAGCACAUGUAAUAUAAAUUAUGUAUGUUUACACCAUUGAUUGUGUAUAAAUGGAAUAGACUUAUGAACAGUGCAUACUAAUAAGUCCUUAAUCAUUUUGAGAGAAAAAGUAAGAUGCAUUAAAUCUGCAGUAUUUUUUACCCUGGCUACCUAAGAUUUAAAUAUUUUGGGCAGUUGGUUAAAAAAUAAUCUGGUUUAAUGAAAGAUUUGUGAUGUAUAUUUCUCAUUCAGAUUAAAGGGACAGCUUCAGUAAUGGCUGUAAUAAUACCCAUAACUUAAAUACUAAAGGAUGUAGACAAGAUGGCUUGUCUUAGUUGUAACAAAUGGGCUACUUGUACUAGAAGCCUGACCCAUUUAAAAUAUCAGGCUGCGCAGCACCAGACUCCUGAGGGAGAACCAGGCUGACCUCUAUAUAGAGGCUAUGGCCCAAUCCCUAAGGUGAAGCUGCGUUAGUUCUUGUGGACCAGCGUUGUGCUGUGUGUCUCAGUUGUACCAGAAUAUGUAACCAGUUAUAAUGUUUGUUAUUCAUGUGAAAAGUCCUGGAAUAUACUGAAGAACUUGAAAGUAGAUUUUUGAACAGAAUGCAUUUAUUCUGUGAUUAACAGUUGCCUAUAACAAUGGCAACCCUGCCCUCUAUCAAAAUUCAUAACUAAAUUGGCUUCAUCUGCAGUUUCUGAAAAUCUUUUGAAUGUUGCCAGUUGUUAUAGUUUGUAUAGCCCAUCAUUAUAAGUCUCACAGUUUUAGUGUUGUCUUGUUAUUAAGGUAGUUGGACCUUGGUUCCUGGUUCUCUUUCAUAUUACAUUUAUGCUACAUUCUGGGACAGUCACUGAAAUGUGUAACUCGCUGUAGCCUGUGAAAUGCUUGGCUCCCAAGAAACACAUUAUCAAGGGAGUAGAAAAAUUAAAAUUUGACUUUAUUCUUUACAAAGCAUGUUGGCCAUGACAGGUACAGGCCUUAAAAGAAAUAAGAAUGAUAUGAAUUUUCUGUAGUAAUUGACCAUGAUGUAAAAAGAAUCUCUUGGCCUAAGCAGGCUACAUGGUGACCUUUAACAUAACCCUUUUGAUGUUGGUUGGACAUAGUUGCAAUUCCUUACACUUCUAUUUCCUUUCUUUUUCCCCCCUCUUUAAUAGCCAGUUGCUGUUUUGAUGUUUCCGAUCAUCCCUUGAGCACUGUAUUUUUAAAAACAAAUGUUGCCACAGUUCAUGUAAUAUGGCUUUAAUGGACAAAGCUUGAAAUAUCCAUUAACACACUGGCAUUUGCUAAUAAAAGUUCAAAGUCCUUCCAGAAUAAACUGUGGUUGUCUGUGCUAGUACAGAACCAAAUGAUUUCAUUGUAAGGCAUCUCUCAAUUUGCUCUUUGCAUGUUGCUUAUUAUUGAGGCUAUUGCUUUUGAAAAUAGAUUCAUGUGGCUUAUUAUCUUGCACAAUUAUAGCAGUGUAAAUGGAUACUGGAUUAUUAUUCAGAUGGAAGAACUAACAGCACUGUCAAAGAAAGCCAAAAUAUGGCAAAACGAUUGAAAAGAUUUUUUUGUUGAUCUGGCUAUUCCAUUGCGCAGAUUCACAGCAAUCUUUCAUAUUUGAGUGGUGGUUUGGAUCAAUCAAUGAGAAAGUCACUUUUUAGAAAUGUUUUCAUGUGAUGUGGGGGUGUCACUGGCUCGUCCAAAAUUUGUUAUAGGUCUUAAACUAUCCUGGUGGAAGUGCUGGUGGUCUGCCUUCUUGAACCACUACAGUUCAUGUGGUGUAGCUAUACCUACAGCAUUGUUCGGAAGUAAGUUCUAAGACCUUGAACUGGUGACAAUGAAAUAACAAAUCAAGAUGGCAUACGUUUUGGAAGGAAACUUGUAUGUGGUGGUGUUCACAAGCAUCUGCUUGCUUUGCCAGUGGUUGAGGUAUCGGUUUUUGAGCAAGUUAUUGAAAGAGGCAGGUGAGUUGCUGCAGUUCAUUUUAUAAAUGGUACACAUUGCUUCCACUAUGUACUGGUUGCAAAGUGAGUGAGUGUUUAAGAUAGUGGAUAGAAUGGCAAUCGAGCAGUGGAUGGCAUUGAACUUCUUCAGUACUUUUGGAGCAGCACUCAUCCAGGAAGGUGUGGAGUAUUCUAUUACACUUCUGACCUGUGUCUUAUAGAUGAUGCUCAGGCUUUGGGGUCGGGGGUUGAUUACUUAUCACAGCGUUCCCAACCUCUGAUGUGUUCUUGUAGCCAUACUGUUUAUAUAACUAAUCCUGUUAUGUCAUUGAACAUCAUGAUUAGAUUCUUUAGAUGGCCGUUACCUAGCAAUUCUGUGGUGUGAAUGUUACUUGCCAGUUAUUAGACCAAGUCUGAAUUUUGUUUGGGUCUUCUUGCAAGCUGAGAUAGCAUGUUUCAGUGUUCAAGGAGCUCGAAAUGCUGCUGAACAUGGUGAAGUCAGCAACGAAAAUGCACACUUCUGAAUUUAUGAUGGAGGAAAAGUUGAAUAGAAGAUCCAUCUUGGCCUCCUGAAGUGCCCAGCAUCACAGAUGCCUAUCUUCAGUCAAUUUUAUUAACUACUUGUGAUAUCAAGAAACAGCUGAAGGAACUGAAUACUGCAAGGGCUAUGCACUCAUGACACCCUGACAAUAAUACCGAAGACCUGGUCCCUAAAACCAGCAGUUCUCUCAGCCAAACUGUUUCAGAACAGCUACACCACUUCCAAAUAUGUGAUAAUACAGAACGUUGCCAGCGUAUGUUCCAGCCACAAAAGGCAGGACAAAUCCAACCUAGCCAGUUAUCACCACAUCAGUCUACCCUCACUUUCCGUUACUCUGCUGAAAGUUAUUAUCAACAAUGCUAUAAUGCAGCAGUUCCACAGCAAUAACAUUCCCAUUGACACUUAGUUUGAGUUUUGUCAGUACGACAGACCCCCGACCUCAUUCUAGCCUUAGUUCAUAAAUGGACAAAAUAGCUGAACUCAUGGGGAGACAAAGGUGCUGCAGAUGGCAUUAAGAGAGCAUUUGACUAGAGCGUGAUAUGAAGGAGUCUUAAAAACUGAAGACAAUGGGAAUAAGGGAGAAAGCUCUUCACUGUUUGGGGCCAGAUCUAGUCAAGUACAUUACUCCUAGUUUUGAUUGUUAAGAAUAAAGUAUUGAAUAAUUCCAUUGGUCUUGAACUAAUAAUAACUGUCUUGAUAACUUGCACUUAAUGUGCUACCAAUUUACAACUUUCCAGGGCUAUCCACCUAACUCUUAGCAAGUAUCAUGGCCAAUGACCUCAAAUUCUGGAAGAAAGAAAAAAGAAAUACCAGCUUUGCAGUUAACCUUGAUGCCUUUGGUGUUGUGAAACUUGGGUCAUGUAAUGAGCUAAUCAGUUAAUAUUAGAUCUGAUAGUGAGCCACUUGAGGUAAAAGUUUAAUAGAUGGUUCUCUGCCUUAGAAGUGUACUGUCAGGGCAGUACUCAAUGGAGGGCAGUGAUUUGCAUUUGAAUGAAUCUUGUUUCUUUUUGUGAAGGAGUUGAAAUCCCUAAUGGCUAUGCUAACUCAGCAGCACCAACACACAUGUACGAGAUAUUAAAUAAUCACUUUCAUCUACGUUGGUUCCUGGCACAUGUUUGGCCUUCAGCUUUAGCAUUUUGCUAUUUUGCCAAAACGGAAGUGGUUUCUUGUUAUUUUCUUCCAUGAAGUACAAGGAAUUAAAGUAUUUAUUUUAGACUAAAGUCAUAACGGGAAACGUUCUGUUAAGUUCUUUGUUGAGUUUCAUUUGUGAAAAGUCUUGUUACUUUAUAGUUCUCAUUGUGAAGGGCAGAUUAAGUGAACGAUGUAUUGACCAAAAUUGCACAUGAACGCUUGAGUUUUUUCCAUCUUUCCGCCCGAUCUAAUUUUUUUAUAAUAAUCUAUGAGAAAAUAAGUGAUAGUAACUGAUAAGUGAAAAAUCAUCCUAUAAUUGUCCCCCAUCCCUGCAAUAAGGAAACUGUUCCAUUCUUUUUGGUGUAUAUUCUUGCCAACCCAGUUGUGAUCAAUAACUACCAUUUGAGGAGAUUCAAGCUGCUCGAGUCUAAUUGCUGCAUUCACCCCCUUUUGUUUAAAAAAAAAGUUGUUCUCAUGUAAUUGUGACAAAAUGAGUCAUGUCUUGGUAUUUUUCAAUUGGUUGAGAGCAAAUUACAUUUGACUCCUGAUAUGGCCAGCUUUAAUUUCUUGUGACAUUCUGAUUUCAGAAUAAAUAUUAUGAGCAUUCAUGAGACAACUUGAUCAUCUCGUGUUCAGUGCAUGGAAGAUGUUUCUUGUAUUCAAUCCUCAGGAUCUACUUCGACUUAUCUGUAGCCUAUGAUUUUUUAAAAAUAAAGACAAGUGGUUAUAAAUUGAAUACUAGUGUGUGUGUGAAGGGAAUGCACUCACUAAUUUUCUUUUCCCUGUAUGCUGUUCCUACAUCAUUUUCAUUCUAUUUUGUUGUUACUUAGCAAGUGUUUAUCUUUUGCAAAUAUACAUCUGAUCUACAUUAUGCAUAGUGACACUGCUCAGAAAAACCCACUGAAUCCUAUACUGCUUAAGUAGAGAGAUUUUGAAUUUCUUUUUCAGACGUCAAUGUAAAACAUCCACUUCAAAACUCGAAUGUAUACACACAACUGGAGCCUGUUGUGUCCCCAGCAUCUUUUCUAGCCAGAUGGGAUGUGCUGGUGGUGUUUAUAGUAUACCUCUCAUAAUCCUUUUCACUGGUGGUCGCAAUCAGUAUUCGAGAGAUUUGAUUCAAAUGAGCAAAGAAGAGGGAUUUGAUGGAAUUAGUUCCUCAUUAGCAUCAUAUUUCUGAAGAACUGCUUAACUUCCCUAUAAUGCUCUAUUCACUGCCAGACUUGUAAUCAACCAACUGAAGCAAGUGAUUUUAAGAGGCUGGCACCCUUUGGAGUUAACGUGAUAAACCUGGUUGGGAGUUAAGUGCUCACUUGUUCAGUGUAUUGACCUACCUUGAUUUCAGCUGUCAGCUGUUUCUUCAUUUCCGCACUCCAAUCUCAUUAACCCCUCCCAAAAAGAAACAAUUUCCUUGUUCACACAAUAAUACUUUUUUAACGGGUUGUUUACAACUCUCUUGAACAGAGUGAAAUAAGUUCACUCCUUAUAUCUCUAAUGUGUCAAAUGCACAAUAGCAAGUCUUUGAAUCAGAAUCCCAGUCUGUACAGAUGGAGGAUGAAAACAAAUUGAUGCCACCACCCAGACAGUCUUUGUUGCCUGGAUGCACAUGAUGUUUAUCAAAGGCAGAUUAAUGUGGAGCUGUGUUUCGUGCUGCUCAUCCAUGCAGUUCCUCUAACAGUGAAACUGAAGCUGGUGACAUUGGUGUGUGAACACAGAACAUUUAACUUCAAAGUUGGCUUCUGUGAAUUUUGUAAUAAAAAUAGAAAAUGCUGCAAAUAAUAGGUCAAGCAACAUUUGUGAAGUUAGACAUGCUAACCUUUCAGGUGAAUGAGCUUUAGUUAGAAGUGAAACAUGUUAGAAAUCUUACGGUUUUAAACAAGAAUAGGAGAGGGAAGACAAAAGGGGAAGUCUGUCAUAAUACAGAAGGCAGGAGAGAUUAAAUGACGAGGAAUGAUGGUAAAAAGUAAAAAUAAAGGGGAAGAGUAAAGAAAAGAUCAGUCUAUGGGAGGUAUAAAUAAAAAAGGCAGAAUUAUCAGAAUUGUUCCAAGAAAAAAGGGGCAAUUGUUAUGAUCCUGUAUAGGCCAUCCAUAACAUCGUUGCAUUGGGUAGACCGGGCACAAAUUGAGUGAUCACUUUGCAGAACACCUUGUUAGUCCACAAGUACGGCCCAAACCUUCAGGUCUUCUGCUACUUUAAUUAUUUGUUGCAUUCCCAUUCAGGCCUCUUGCUUCGAAGCCUUCUCUUUGUCACCAGAUUCUUACACUGUCCCAAUGAAGCUCAAUACAGCUUGAGGAACAGCAAAUUAUCCUUCACCUAUGCAUUCUGCAGAUUUUUAUACUUCAACUGAAUUAAUCAAUUUUAGAUCAAAUGUCCCAUUAUUUAGUGUUGAUUCUAUUCCCAUUCACACCUCUCUUAGAUUCUUUUGUCUCUUGUUCCCGUAUCAUCUUCCAUGUUGUACCAUCAACCCUUAACCAUUUCAUCUCUCCUGCCUUCUACCCAUAUCAGACUUGUCUUUUCUGUUUUCCCUGCCUGUUUUUGUCUCUGUGCGUGCUUAAAUUACAUAUCAAACGUUUUCAAAAAUAUUCCUGUUUGCCAACAUCUGCAAUAUUUUGCCUUUAUUAUGAUUUUUGAAUUUCAGAAUGAAAGUUAUUUGCAAUUAAAAGAAAUCAUAGUUCAUUGCAAAGGAAUUUUAAUCAGACUGUAUAUCCAUCUCUGUUUGCAUUCAUUAUUUUAAUGUUUGUAAAGGUUGUAGGCUGCUAAUGGUCUUUUCUAUCCUCUUAAGUCUUUGGAAACAUAUCCAUGCCCCCCUUGUAAUUGUGUAUUUUCUUGCAUCAUUAUCUGUUUUGAUCACAAUUGUAACUUGAUUUACAGAAAGCUGUUUUAACCACUGGGAAAAAUAGAUAAUAUUCUCAUAUUUCCUUUUGUCAUCCAAUAACUCCAUGUACUACCCAAAAUCAACAAAGGGGAGAAUUGUUCAAAAUAAAUGAAAGGGUCUCGAAGGAAAAUUUCUGUUGCAAAAAUGAAGUGCCACACCAUUUCUCGACAUGUUUGGCUGCCCCACCCUUCCAAUUUUGAAGGAUUUUUUUGGAUCCACAACAAAUUGUUUAAACUAUGAUUUGGCUUGCCAUCCCAAUUUAUCCUCAAUCAAGAGAAGAUGCUUGCUCUGUAUCAUCUUUGCUGUGAAUUCCCUUCUUGAGAGCAAUUGAGGUGGGAAAUGAGUUAUUAGGGCCUCACAGGGAUUGUCUGUCUACCUAAUCCUAUGUAUUCCACUGGGUUGUGUUGUAUUACUGGUUUACCUCAAAAACAACAGUUAAGUUUGAUUCAUGUUUAAUAUUGGAAUUUUGAUUAAUUGAGUAAUUUUCUAAUUAAAUCUUGGAACGUCAGCCAGUGGUGAGUUCAAAUAGCUCACAAUGUAACAGCCUAUAAAUAAUGAGGAUUCUGGUAGAUCUAACAAUAAAAGUAAACCGUGGAAUGAACAAAAUAAGGCCAAAGAUAUAACAAGUUAAAACUGCAUUUUUAUGAGUGUGUUUCCUACCCACUACUGAACUGAACAGUUAAACAGCAGGACUGCAUUGUGGGUAAGAAAAGGAUACUGUAAGGUUGAGUGAUUUAACCACCUUCUGUCUGGUUUGCAAUGUUAAGUUGUUGCAUUCUGUGCUUGACGUUGGCAUAGACCAAAAGACUUUUAUUGUAGAAUUUGCGCUUUGUGUCUCUGUGUGAAGCCUGUACCUUAAAGUAUUGGAUUUCUGCGUCUUGCUGUUGAAAUACUUGUAAAGAGAAUAAUAAAUUUUUUUGUAACUCACCAUA